AUGAACGAGGUUCGUUUUCAUCAUCUUCAUCCCACGAUGAUGAAGCAUCACCAUGUCUUGUUCCUGUUGUUUUUAUUUUUCUUACCGUUUUUCACGUUCAGUCUCCACCACAAUGAUACUCAUGCACUCACCCUCUUCCGCCGCCAAAGCGACCUUCAUGGCUACCUUCUUUCCAACUGGACCGGCGGCGAUGCCUGCGCCGCCAAGUGGCGCGGCGUCCUCUGCUCCCCGAACGGCCGUGUCACUGUCCUUUCCCUCCCUUCCCUCAACCUCCGCGGCCCCCUCGACCCUCUCACUCCCCUCACCCACCUCCGCCUCCUCGACCUCCAUGACAACCGCUUGAACGGCACUGUUUCGCCGCUCCUCUCUAACUGCACCAACCUCCGACUCCUCUACCUCGCCGGCAACGACUUAUCGGGCGAGAUCCCGCCAGAGGUGUCCUCCCUCAAAUCCCUCCUCCGCCUCGACCUCUCCGACAAUAACAUUCGCGGCAAAGUUGACUUUCUCUUUAACUUAACUCAAAUCAUCACACUGAGACUCCAAAACAACCUUCUUUCCGGUGAAAUCCCUGACCUAACUUCCUCCAUGCAAAACCUCAGAGAACUCAACAUGACAAACAACGCCUUCUACGGUCGUUUACCAAACGCCAUGCUCAAGAAAUUCGGUGUCACUACCUUCUCAGGUAACGAGGGUUUAUGUGGUGCAACACCAUUACCAGUUUGUUCCUUCAUUACAAACCCUCCUGAUGAUAAUAGUAAUAACAAUGACAAUGCACCGUCUCAGACGGUUCCUUCAAACCCAAGUUCCUUCCCUGAGACCAGCGUAAUAGCUCGACCAGGGAAGGAGCAUCACAAGGGUUUAAGUCCCGGUGCCAUUGUGGCGAUUGUUGUGGGGAAUUGUGUGGCGUUGCUUGUGAUGACAUCAUUUCUGGUGGCGCAUUGUUGCGCGAGGGGUAGAGGGUCUAGUUUGGUGGGGAGUGGGGAGAGUUAUGGGAAGAGGAAGAGUGGGAGCAGUUACAAUGGGAGCGAGAAGAAGGUGUAUGGAAGUGGGGGUGGUGAGAGUGAUGGGACGAGUGGAACUGAUAGAAGUAGGCUUGUGUUUUUUGAUCGGAGGAGUGAGUUUGAGUUGGAGGAUCUACUGCGAGCGUCAGCGGAGAUGCUUGGGAAGGGGAGUUUGGGGACGGUUUACAGGGCGGUGCUUGACGAUGGGUGCACAGUGGCGGUGAAGAGGUUGAAGGAUGCGAACCCUUGCGCCAGGCAUGAGUUUGAGCAGUAUAUGGAUGUGAUUGGGAAGCUUAAGCACCCCAAUGUUGUGAGACUCAAAGCCUAUUACUAUGCCAAGGAGGAAAAGCUUCUGGUCUACGAUUAUCUCUCCAAUGGAAGCUUGCAUUCUCUUCUUCAUGGGAACCGUGGUCCGGGGAGAAUUCCGUUGGAUUGGACGACAAGAAUAAGCCUGGUGUUAGGAGCAGCGAGAGGUCUUGCCAAGAUCCACGCGGAGUACAGUGCAGCCAAAGUGCCUCACGGGAACGUGAAAUCUUCGAACGUGCUUCUGGACAAGAACGGCGUGGCGUGCAUAUCGGACUUCGGGUUAUCACUUCUCUUGAACCCGGUUCACGCCAUUGCACGAUUGGGAGGGUACAGGGCCCCCGAACAGGAACAGCAGAAGAGGCUGUCUCAGCAGGCUGACGUCUACAGCUUCGGGGUGUUGCUGUUGGAAGUUCUCACAGGAAGAGCUCCUUCGUCGCAGUACCCUUCACCGGCUCGUCCUAGAAUGGAGGAAGAGGAACAGGCUGUGGUGGACCUCCCCAAAUGGGUUCGCUCCGUCGUGAAGGAAGAGUGGACCGCAGAGGUGUUCGACCAGGAGCUUUUGCGCUACAAGAACAUUGAAGAAGAGCUUGUGUCCAUGCUGCAUGUGGGGUUGUCCUGUGUGGCGGCGCAGCCGGAGAAGAGGCCAACUAUGGAACAAGUAGUGAAGAUGGUUGAGGAGAUCAGGGUGGAGCAAUCGCCUCUUGGGGAGGACUAUGAUGAAUCGCGCAAUUCGCUUUCACCUUCCAUUCCCACCACUGAGGAUGGUCUAGCUUAG